UUGGAAAUUUCCUUUCUUUGCCCUUUUUCUUGCAGAUCUCAUUUGCUGUCAAAUCUUUCUAAACAGGUCCGAUCAACGAAGAGAAUUUCUUGGUUCCAUUGUUGGUUGUUGCAUUAGAAAUUUGGAAUGGAUGCGCGGGUUAUGUUGAUCAUAUGCUGUGUGAAGCUUUCUGCUUAGAUUCACUCCUGGGCAGUUGAUUUCUUGUAGUUCUUGUGAUUUUUAUAUGCAAAAUGCCUGGGCCAGACGGUUAUAUACCACCUCCAUAUAUUCCCCUGCACCAGUCAGAAUCUGAAGCUGAUGGUUUUUCUGAGACGGAAGAAACCUCUCCUCCUCAAGCUGUUGCUCGUGAUCCCUCUCAAUGGUCUUCCGGCAUCUGUGCUUGUUGUGACGAUAUGCAGAGCUGUAUUAUAGGCACUAUCUGUCCUUGUUUCCUAUUCGGGAAAAAUGCAGAAUUUUUAGGGUCUGGAACAUUGGCUGGAUCAUGCAUGACACAUUUCAUUUUAUGGGGCCUGGUUAAUAGCCUUUGUUGUCUGUUCAGCGGAGGCAUUCUAGCAUUUUUUCCAGGAGCUAUGGUUGCUUGUUAUGCUUGUGGAUAUCGGAAAGCGCUUAGGGCAAAAUAUACGCUGCAGGAGGCUCCCUGUGGAGAUUUAACAACUCACCUGUUCUGCCAUCCCUGUGCCCUUUGCCAGGAGUACCGGGAAAUCCGGGAGAGGUCGACUGGCUCAGCUCCUCCUCUCAUAUGGACUGAUAUGAAUGCUCCCACAAUCCAAGCAAUGCAUCCCACAGAAAAAUGAAUGAAUUGUGAUUGUGAUUUACAGACUACCAUUGUUGUCUGUACUGUAGCUUUACAGGAGGGAACUUCUUCUUCAAUAUUCUGCAUUGGUGAUGCUGGGGAUUGAAGCUUAAUGCAUUUCUUAUUAUUUCAUGGCCACCAAUUGACAAAGAAGCAUUUAGUACAGAAACAUAUUCUAUUUCUUUUGCAAAAACACAGUAUUUUUCUACAGAGUGUUAGCUUCUGUAUUUUGUAACAAGUGAUAGGAUGGAAAUCAGAUGAUAUUUGAAAUUGACUUUUGUGAAUAUCAUGUUAAGAUUUGUGGAGCCUGUUGUUUAUUGAGAAUUAGGGGGGUUUUCAUACAAAAUCAAUAUUAUAUUUGUGCUUAAUGACUUUUU